AUGCCACCAAAGAAGAGAACUAUCAGUGCAAGUGAUGAUGCUGAGGCAUCAAAUUCAAUGUUCAGUGGAAUGGUGGUGAUGGCCAUUGGAUCAUCGUUUACCACCACUCAAAGCGUAUUGUUAGGCAAGAUCACUGAUAAAGGUGGAUCGGUCGCCAAAGUCUAUAACGCUUCCAAAGUAACUCACAUCGUAACAACUCAAGCAGAUUACGAUAAGUCGGUCGGUCAUCGUGCCGGUCUCAAUUUCCUCAAGGGUGUCAAAAAUGGUAAUCAAAUCGUUUCAGAGGAUUUCUUUUUGAAAUCGAUCGAAAAGAAUGCCAAGCAAUCAGAGAAGGACUAUGCCAUUAAGAUUGCUGAAGCCAAAGAGGAUAAAGAAGAAGAAGAAGAAGAAGAGGAAAAAGAGAAAGAAAAAGAACCAGAAGUUGCACCCGUUGCACAAGAACCAGAUGUAGAGGAUGAGGAACCAGCGAAACCAACAACCAGAAAGAGAUCCAAGGCUGCAGCUGAGCCAAAAAAGACCAAAGAGGAGAAGGAGAAAGAGAAACUCAUGGCUGAGGUCGACUCUGACUUGGAUUCAUCCGACGAAGAAGAGGUAUCAACCAAAACCACCAUUAAGAUUAAGGGUAGAUGUGCUGUAGAUAUUAAUUGUGCACAAGUUAAUGUUACUCAUGUGUAUGAUGAUGGUACCGUUUGGGAUGCUACAUUGAACCAAACAGAGAUUAAGAAUAACAACAAUAAAUUCUAUAUCAUCCAAUUGUUGGAAGCUGACAAUGGUGGAAUGUAUUACGUAUGGAAUCGUUGGGGACGUGAAGGUUUGGUCGGUCAAAGCAAGAUUGAAUCAUACACCAACAAGAACCAAGCAAUGGCAUCUUUCUCGAAAAAGUAUAAAGAGAAAACAAAGAAUGAUUUUAACAGUGGAAAACCAUUUGUAAAGUAUCCAGGUAAAUAUGAUUUGGUAGAGAUUGACUAUACCGUCAAGGACGACAAGCCAAAGGCAGAGAAGAAGAAGGCCGUUCAUCAGGGUGAGAGUAAACUCGAUAAUCGUGUUCAAAACUUUAUCAAGUUGAUCUUUGAUUUGAAGAUGAUGAAGAAGACUAUGAUUGAAGCCGACUACGAUCUCAAAAAGAUGCCACUCGGUAAACUCUCAAAGAAUCAGAUUCUCAAGGGUUACGAAGUGUUGAAGGCAAUAGAAGAGAAGAUCACCAAGCCAUCGGCAAGAGGUGACACGUUGGUCGAUCUCUCCAGUAGAUUCUACACCGCCAUUCCACAUGCUUUCGGUAUGAGAGUUCCACCCGUCAUCAACUCACUUUUCAUGGUAAAAGAAAAGAUGGAUAUGUUAACAGCACUUGCUGAUAUUGAAAUUGCAGCAAAUCUUAUCAAGGAAUCAGAUAAUGAUGAUUCCAAUAUUAUUGAUGCUCAUUACAAACAAUUGAAAUGUGAUAUUCAACCAAUUGAAGUCGGCUCCGAAGAGUACAAUAACAUUGCUACCUACGUUUCGAAUACCUACGCCGGAAAGACACCAAAGAUCAUCAGUUUGUUCAGAAUCAACAGAGAAGGUGAGACCGGUCGUUUCGAGACAAAGAAAUCACUUGGAAACAGAAAGUUAUUGUGGCACGGUAGUAGAUUGACCAACUUUGUCGGUAUCAUUUCUCAGGGUCUGAGAAUUGCACCACCAGAAGCACCGGUCUCUGGUUAUCGUUUCGGUAAGGGUAUCUACUUUGCCGAUAUCAUGUCGUUGUCGGCCGCCUACUGUCGUACCUCUGGAACCGACGAUUUCUGUAUGUUCUUGGGUGAUGUCGCUCUUGGCAAGACCGCCGAUCUCUACCGUGAUACCUACAUGGAGAAGCCACAACCCGGUUCAGACAGUACAUUGGCACUCGGUAUGAAGGAGCCAGAUCCCUCCAUGGUCCACAAACAUGCCGACGGUUUUGACAUCCCAUACGGAAAGAUUGUUCCAUCACCAUACAAAUCAACAUCUUGCUCCGAACAUCAAUAUGUAGUCUACGAUGUUUCUCAAAUCCUAGGAAAUAUAGUAAAAAUGUUGAAAACAGGAUUAAAAACAUGUUUGUUGGAGAUCAACGGUGGUCUUUUGAUGCAACAAAGAAACUAUGCAAAGCGUAUGGUCUCUAAAAAGAUAUACACACAAUUGAAACGUGAAAAAGUCGAUUGGGAUACCAUUAAAUCAUCAAAGAUCCUAGAGAGACUCUCGGAACCACCCGUUAUCAAUCAGUUUGGUGACAUCAAACAACAGGUCAAUGCUAUGGUCGAAGCGAUGCAUGACUUGACCGGUCCCAACACCGGUAAGAUCAUCUCGACACAGGAGCAGGCCGUCGCCUACGAGAAUGCAUCGUCCGACCUGCUCGAUAUGAUCAACAAGAUCAAGUACGAAACAAAGGAGGCACAUCUCGAGGCAGACAUUGCCAGUGGCAAGCAGCAGGUUCGUGCAGUGUCCGCUCGUUCGCUGGUCAAGAAGAUGUUGAACUCACAGCAACAGAAGAAUAACGAUUUGUUGAUUAGCGAGUUGGUCGAUGGCGAACAGAUAGACAUGUCGUUGGCAGAGAAGUAUGCCGAUGUCAACCCAGAGAACAUCGACGACAUCGAUGUCGUCAAUGCCAGACUGGUUGCAGUGCGUGAUUCAAUCAAAGAGUACAAAGACCUACAUCGUAACGACGACUACACCGCCGAAGAGACAUUCCAACUCACACAAUACCGUGAACUCAAAUACGCUCUCUACAAACGUCGUGAACAACUUUUGGCCGCUUCCGAAAUCGAUCCACGUGAGAAAUCAAAGAGAAACUCUAGAUUCUUCUAUCAACCAGGUGAAAACUCUCCAUUGUUUGAUUUCGCAAAGAUGAAAUUAGAAGAGAUUAAUGCUAUGGAAUUGAAGGAAUUAGAAAGACAAAAGAAUGUUAUCGAAUAUGCAAAGUUGUUAAGAGAAAAGAAGAAAGAAGAUAUUGCUUCAGAUAUGUCAAAAGUUUAA